AUGGUCGAGCACAUGCUGAAAGUAUUCCCUCACUUUAAUGUCGCCCCGAGGUUUGUCAAGUUUGGACUUACGUGCCGGUUGAAUGGUCUGUUUUUUCCAUCUUGGACUGCGCUCACAUCUGAAUGGUCAGGCUACCGGAAACUAUUUGGUUCAUUCAGCAGGAAGUUUAUUUUCAUCCUUUUCGUGAUCGGAGCUCUAAUCUACAUAUGGCUGCCAUACAAAAAUUAUCCUUUUACCAGUCUUGUUGGAAACGUGGUUACCGCUCCAAAGAAAAAUAAAAGCUUGCCUUUUCCGAUGCAUCAAUACCCACUGAACCAUGCCUCAAUCAUCAACGAUCUCAAAGAUGCAAUGCAUCAUUCGUGGAAGGCCUACGUUGAUUACGCCUGGGGGAUGGAUGAAGUGUUAGUGUUAACCAAGAUGGGGACGCGUUGGAUGGACGCUGGCCUUACUAUGGUAGAUUCUCUUGACACUCUCUGGAUGUACAAAAUGAUGGAUGAAUUUGUCCGUGCUCGUGAUUGGAUCGAGGCCCAUAUAAAUUUUGGCUAUAACAACGAUGACACAAACGUUUUCGAGUCGACAAUUCGGUUAUUGGGCGGGUUAUUGAGUGCCUAUCACAUUUCUGGGGAUAUUGUAUUUUUGAAAAAAGCGGAGUUGAUUGGGGGGAAGCUUAUUGCGGCUUUUAAUUCACCUUCUGGUUUACCGUAUACAAAUAUCAAUUUUCAAACACUUAAAGCAUCUCUCCCAAGUAAUAGGAGGACGGUUUCACUUUCGGAGGUGGCCACACUCCAACUAGAAUUCAAUGAACUCGCAAUACUUUUGCGUGACAGAAGCAUUGCUAGACCAGCAGCAGGUGUUUACAAAAUACUGAAUGAAGUGAGUAAGCUGUCUGGCCUCCUCCCUAUCGAAAUAAACAUGUAUCGGCCUGCGCAUUCGUCAGUGGGCACCAUUACCCUGGGUGCACGAGGCGACAGCUACUAUGAGUACCUCCUAAAGGUUUGGGUCCAGACUGGCAAGGUGUCAGAGUGGCUUCGCAAUGAGUAUAUUACCGCUGUCGGAGGUGUGAAGGAAAGGUUGAUUCGCCAAAGUGUUCCUAAUGGACUGAUUUUUGUUGGAGAAUUGCACGCAUCGGAGUUUUCUACGAAAAUGGAUCAUCUGGUAUGCUUCCUGCCUGCUACUCUGGCUUACGGGUAUCUUCACGGAAUGCCAGAGGAGCAUCUGCAUUUGGCCGAGAGUCUGAUGGAGACGUGCUUUCAUCUCUACAAAGAUACUCAAACCGGUCUGAGCGCGGAACUUGUGUACUUUAAUCUGGCUAACUUUGAUCGACCCGAUUUCUAUAUCAAGGCAAAUGCGUUCAAUUUGCUUCGUCCCGAAACAGUAGAGUCCCUCUUCUACCUCUAUCGCAUUACCAAAAAUCCCAAAUACCAGGAAUGGGGGCUGGCGAUAUUCCGCGCUUUCAAUGCCUCUUGUCGUAUCACUCCAGCAGGUUUUGCACCAAUCCAGGAUGUCCAGUCCUCUGUCCCCCAUCACAGAGACAAGAUGGAGUCCUUUUGGACUGCAGAGACCCUUAAGUACCUCCUCCUUCUCUUUGACGAGCAACUUGCGGCCAAGUUUGACCUGACUGAGUGGGUCUUUAACACUGAGGCGCACCCAUUCCCCCUAUCUAAAGCAGAUGCCCUUAGCGUAAUUCAGGAUUUGUACAAUUUUAACCUUUAA